CGACGAGCAACGUUAUUCUAACGUGACGCUUCGGUAUGAAAACAUUUGAGAACACGACCUGAUGAAAAUACCUAAUAAGUUUUAAUAUAUUUGAACGCAUACAAAAUUUUCUGUCAGAUCUGAACAUUUAUACCAAUGCAGUCUACCUUAGUACAUUAGCUGCUCAUGGAUCCUGUUGUUAGACGUAAAAUCCCCGCGUGUGUUCGUUCGUUACUCACUGAUAUUGCACCAAAAGACGACGAACACUUCAGCGACUGGCCUGAAACAGACUCUGAAUCAAUUACCACCAAAGAUGGGAUCGCACUCCCCAAAAGAGGGACUUCUGAAGUUCUCCUGACACCUGCUGAUGGGACAGAGUGUGGAAGUACUGCAUCAUCAAUCAAACCAUGCGGGCUUUGCUUAUCCAAACCCUCCUGUUACACUUGCCCAAGGUGUAACAUCCCAUAUUGCGGCCUGACUUGUUACAGGAGCCAAAAUCACACUUCAUGCUCAGAGGAGUUUUACAAAGAGUCUGUUUUUCAGGAACUGAAAUCCCAAGGUGUCACAGAUGAAGAAGGGAAAAGCAAAAUGCAGGAAAUUCUGCUCCGGCUCCGACAGAGUGCAGAGAGCGAAGGAGGGAUGGAGAAUUUCUUAAAGAACCUGGGAGACGAAACUAGUGUGAGUGAAAAAGACACACAUGCUUUGGAGCUGCUUUCUAGGUUAGCAGAGAUUCAAUCUAGCGGGGAUGAAAAAAGUCAGGAGGUGCAAGAAAUACUAGCAAAACUUGGAGAUAUCGAAGAUGGGAGCGAUGAAGACGAAGCAGAUUUAGCUGAAAAGUUAGCAGGCAUGGAUAUUGACUCUCUUUCAGAGGAAGAACUCUGGUCGUUGUUGUCUGCACAAGAAAAGGAGAAAUUUGAGAGGCUGGUGAAAGAAGGCGGCAUCGGUGGACUGGUUGUCCUGUGGAGACCGUGGUGGGAACAACAUGAGAAAGAUGCUAAAGCACUUGUUGAAGAACUUCAGUCUGAGAAUGAUGAGGAAAUGCACAGUGUGAAUGAUAAAGACAGAAAAAUGAAAAAAGUCAGUAGCAAUAAACUAAAAUCAAGAAGCUCAAUCCCUCCAAUAACUGCUAAAAUUCCUCCUCUUCACACACUAUCAUCAAACCCAUCUCCUCUAGUGAAGUACAACCUGAUCAGUGCUCUUUAUGGAUACACCUUCUCACUGUGUCUCCAUAAUGGAGACAUCUCAGAGAUGUUGCUGGAGUUCUGUCAGGCGGUGCUUGCUGUUUCUGAGAGUUUGGGUGCUGGUCAGGUCUUCAACUCUGUUCCUGAGGCUCUUGAUGCCGGAAUCAGAGCUGUAUCUGCAAGAGGAUAUUUUGAUCCUGAGGAUCCUUUAGCUCCACUUCGAGCUGUGGAAGCAGUGGCUCAUAUUUUGACUGGAGAGAGCAGAGAGGACGCUGUGGGAUAUUCGCUGUCCGCUUUGUCUCAGCUGCGCACGGCUUUGAGCAAGGCAAAGGCUGCUGUUCCUAAGGAAGAUGAGCAGAUGAGACGGAUGUAUUUUCAAGCUGGAAAGAAGUGCGAGUUUUUUCAGGCAUGGGUGAAAGAGAAUGCCAAAGUUUUGAGGAGUCUUGCAGGAUGUGUGUGGACGGAGUAUGAGAGAAGGGAGGUGGAGAGGAUGACGUUAGAGGGAGAGAAGAAAUGUUUGGAAAAGGGACAGGAAAGAAGUAGAGGUAAAGGUGCGCUGAUAGAAGAGAUUGAAUGAGAUUGCAUUGUGUAUAUAUAUUUUUAAAUAAAAAAAUAAUGAUAUAAAAUAAAAUAAAUUGUAGUAGACAUGUGUCUGUUUUUUUUAAAUGGAAGAAUUAAACAAAUACAUUACCAGUCAAUUUUUAAUGCAUUUAUUUGUUCCAAAGUACAGCAAAACAGUAACAUUUUGAAACAUUUUUACUAUUUAAAAUAACUGUUUUUUGUAAUAAAUAUUUUUUAAAAUGUAAGUUGCUCCUGUGAUCAAAGCUACAUUUUCAGCAUCAUUACUCCAGUCUUCAGUGUCACAUGAUUCUUCAGAAAUCAUUCUAAUAUGCUGUUUAAGAAACAUUUUAUUAUUAUCAAUAUUUAAAACAGUUGAGUACUUUUUUUUCAGGAUUUUUGUAACAUUAUACACUAUACAUACAAAAACUUGGGAGUCAGUAUAAUUUUUAUGGAGAAAUUAUAUAAAUACUUUUAUUUAGCAAAGAUGCUUUAAAUUGAUCAAAAGUGAUGAUAAAGUAAUUUAUGAUGCUACAAAAGAUUUCUAUUUUAGAUAAAUGGUGUUCUUCUGAACUUUGUUCAUCAAAGAAACCUAAAAAAAUUCUACUCGGAAUAUUAGAAUGAUUUGUGAAGGAUCAUGUGACUGGAGUAAGCAUGCUAAAAAUUCAGCUUUGAAAUCACAUGAAUACAUUUCUUAUAUAAAAUAUAUUAAAAUAGACCAGCUAUUUUAAUAAUAUAAUAAUAUAAAAAUAUAUUGAAGUAGACCAGCUAUUUUAAAUGCUAAAAAUAUUUCAAAAUUGUUUCUUUGGAUCAAAUAAAUGCAGGCCUGGUGAGCAGACUUAUUUGAGAGACUUAUUAAAAAAAAGAUUAACAAUCUUACUGUUCAAAAAUUUUUUGGUAAAAUGU